AAAGAGGCUGCGGUGGCGGCUGACUUUCUGGCGCCGCUUUAAGGAACGGCCGUUUCCGUGAUUUCACCGGCAUUAGGAUUUUGUUUUUUUAAUAUCCAGACGACGACCCAAAAAUCGAUCGGAUCGAAAUAUGGAAGCGUUGAACGAGGAGGAAGAGUACAACUGGAGGGAAGUGAAGCUUCCGUCGCUGAUACCGGUGGUUCCGCCGCCUGAACUGGACAGGGAGACCGGAGAGCGGCGGAGAGGCCGCGACAUAAUCAUCGCCAUCGAUCAUGGCCCCAACAGUAAGCACGCCUUCGAUUGGGCCGUUGCUCAUCUCUGCCGUCUCGCAGAUACCAUUCAUCUCGUCCACGCCGUCUCCAACUUGAGAAAUGAGAUUGUCUACGAGAUGACCCAAGGGCUUAUGGAGAAGCUUUCUGUGGAGGCUUUUGAGGUUGCAAUGGUAAAGACACAGGCUAGGAUUGUGGAAGGAGAUGCCGGUAAGGCUAUAUGCAAGGAAGCAGAAAGGUUGAAGCCUGUAGCUGUGGUUAUGGGUACUAGAGGAAGAGGCUUAAUCCAAAGCGUCUUGCAAGGAAGUUUUAGCGAGUAUUGCUUUCGCAACUGUAAAGCAGCGCCUGUGAUUAUAGUGCCUGGAAAAGAUGCUGGAGAUGAAUCAGUGCUUUAGAGGACCCGACUUUCAAAGUCCCAACACACGAUUCCGUGAUCGAUGAGAUGAAUCGUGUGUGCGUGUGUAUACAUGGAGUGAUGGAAGAUUUAUCAAUGUAUUAGUGCAUCAUUGUGUGUAUGGUAAUAUGGUUUUAUACGUGUCAUAUAAUGUAUCUAUUCGAUUAAGAUUGUUUCUUUCAACCACUGAACUCUGUGCAGUUUUUAUCGUGUUUGCAUGUUUUAUUCUACGAAUUUUCUCUUGUAAACAAAAUCUCCGAAUGUGUGCAUAUAUAUUUUGUUAUGAAUACAACUAAUCAUUACUCUGUAUAAAUUUUUUAUCCUCAAACAAGGAUGUCAUUAAUUGUACUCCUAAUAAUUAGCUAUCAACGAAUAAAUUUAAAGGAAUGAU